AUGCCUGAAUACAUGAAAGCAGUCGCCGGAGCAGACAUCAAGGGCGGCAAGGGCCCGAUCGACGCCCUCUUCAUCAACGCCGAGGUGCCCAAGCCCACGCCCUCAGCCCACCAGGCCCUGGUGAAGAUCAAGGCAUUCGGGCUCAACCGCAUGGACCUGAUCCAGCGCGAGGGCCACUACCCGCUCCCGCCGCAGGCGGGGCCCAUCAUGGGGGUCGAGUUCUCGGGCACGGUCGAGGCCCUCGGGUCGGAGGAGGAGCAGCACUGCCGCGGCCUCAAGGCGGGCGACGAGGUGUUCGGGCUCGCGUACGGCGGCGCGUACGCCGAGUACAUCGCGGUGAGCACCAAGAUGCUCAUCCGCAAGCCGGCGGGCUUGUCGUGGGAGGCGGCGGCGGGGGUGCCCGAGACGUUCAUCACGGCGACGCAGGCGCUGCACUUUGUCGGCGGGUUCGACAGCCUGCGGGGGAAGACGGUGCUGUGGCACGCGGGCGCCAGCGGCGUCAGCAUCGCGGGGAUCCAGCUGAGCCUGGACGCGGGCGCGGCGCGCGUGUUCGCCACCGCGGGCAGCGCGGACAAGUGCGCGUUCAUCGAGGGGGAGCUCGGCGCCACGAAGGCGUUCAACUACAAGGAGGAUGACUGGGCCAAGGGCGUGCUGGAGGCGACGGGAGGCGCGGGCGCGGACCUGAUCGUGGACUUCAUCGCGGGCGACUACGUGCAGAAGAACCUCGACUGCGCGGCCCGCGAGGCGCGCAUCGUCCAGCUGGCCUUCAUGGGCGGCGCGCAGCUCAAGGAGGUCAACGUCGCGCAGCUGCUGUACAAGCGCAUCCGCUGGGAGGGCAGCACGCUGCGCGCGCGCGACGAGGAGUACCAGGGCCAGCUGCGGGACAGGCUCGAGAAGUACGUCCCUGAUAUGGUGAGCGGGAAGCUCAAGGUGGCUGUGGAUCGGGUCUUCAAGAUGGAGGAGAUCCAGGAGGCGCAUCGGCUGAUGGAGAAGAAUGUUACGAGGGGCAAGAUCAUCUGUACUGUACCUUGA